AUGGAUGCAAUCGCUAGCCUAGCGAAUCUGAAGCAGAGACAGGAGGGGGGCGAUGACCCUUCAGCUGAAGGAGUCAAGAUCAAUUAUCUUGGAUGCGACAACAAUAUGAGAAGAGACAUAUCGGAUGCUUGGGACGAUGCAGUCAAGCUCGCCGAGAACAUCAAGGAUAUUGAUACUGCCACCGACAUCGGCUCUUUUGACUGGUACAAGAUCCUCAACGUAUACAACAACGCCGCAACUUAUGGGCAGACCCUAUUGUGGGGAUGGCGCGUGAAUGCCUUCUGCCCGCCUGCGGAUAAGGACCUCCUCAGAUCAUGCACGCCCGGCACGGUAGCCUUCCAGUGGAAUACUUUGUGCGCAGACGGACGCUGCGUAUGCGAUACCCGCGAUAGUAACGGCAAGUGCAACAAGCGGGAUCAGUGGAAUAACGACCCGGACAAGUCGUACAUCAACAUACAAUUCUGCGACGAUUUCUUCAAGCAACAAACAUUGCAGCAGACUAUCGAUGCAGGCAAAAAUGCUCCAAAGGAAUCCAAGUACAACUUGGAUUACUACUGGCAUAGCAAGGGCAAAAUUUUGUUCCAUGAGCUACUCCACGGCGCCACGGUGGGCACCAAAGCAAACGAGAACCUGGGCAUCACAGAUCUCGUCAUCAGAAUUCGCAAACACAACAAACCUGAUGAGUUUGAAGACGUUGGUGCAUAUGGGCCACUGAACGCUAAAAUGUUGGCUCGUACCAUUCGGGAGAACAACUUUGACCACGUCAGACAAAAUGACGACAACUGGACUGGCUAUGCUCUUGUCGGCGUCUAUCCGAUCCUCCCUCUUGCAGACGGUUAUGUAUAUGCCGACAGUGCAUCUUACGUUCCACAUUCACUUCUCCUUCUCGGCAAAGACAAGGAUGACAAAGAGAAGGUCUACGUCAACAACGACUACUACACAUCUAACCUGCUAUCUCAAGCCAAAUCGGACACCGUUUAUCUCGAAGGAGGCCCAACUCUCGAUGAAAAGGCUUUUGGCUACAACCCCGACUCCGACUAUCCGAAGUGGUACAUCGAGCGGAUCAGGAAGGCGAGCAACGGAGACUUGGACGGCACCGGCCCCGUACCAACGCCUGGUCCUCCAAACCCACAGAGCCCUGAGUCUACUAUCGGAACCGGCUACACCUGGCCCUCCAAACCCUCCAAGACCUGA